CGGCGCGGCUCCUCAGAGCGAGAGGCGGGGAAGUCAUGGACCGCAACCCUUCGCCGCCGCUGCCCAGUCGGGAUGAGGAGGAGGAGGAGGGUGCUGGGGGAGACUGCAUAGGGAGCACGGUCUACAGCAAGCACUGGCUCUUCGGUGUCCUCAGCGGACUCAUUCAGAUGGUUAGCCCUGAAAACACCAAAUCCAGCUCAGACGAGGAGGAGCAGCAGAUGGAGCUCGAUGAAGAAAUGGAGAAUGAAAUUUGCAGAGUCUGGGAUAUGUCCAUGGAUGAGGAUGUGGCUUUAUUUCUCCAAGAAUUUAAUGCCCCUGACAUAUUUAUGGGAGUAUUGGCCAAAUCCAGAUGUCCUCGAUUAAGAGAAAUCUGUGUGGGAAUUUUAGGUAAUAUGGCCUGUUUCCAAGAGAUAUGUGUGUCCAUCAGCAGUGAUAAAAAUCUUGGACAGGUGUUACUGCACUGUUUGUAUGAUUCAGACCCUCCUACUCUGCUGGAAACAAGCCGGUUGUUGCUUACUUGUCUUUCCCAGACAGAAGUGGCCAGUGUCUGGGUUGAAAGAAUCCGGGAAUAUCCAGCUAUUUAUGAUAGUAUUUGUUUCAUUAUGUCAAGUUCAACAAAUGUUGACUUGCUGGUGAAAAUAGGGGAAGUUGUGGACAAACUUUUUGAUUUGGACGAGAAGCUAAUGUUGGAAUGGAUUAGAAAUGGGGCUGUUCAGCCUCUGGACCAACCCCAGGAAGAUGCUGCAGAGCAGCCAGUGUUUAAAAUUGUGCCCUGUGUACUUGAAGCUGCCAAACAAGUACGUUCUGAAAAUCCAGAAGGGCUCGAUGUUUACAUGCAUAUCUUACAGCUGCUUACCACAGUGGAUGAUGGAAUUCAAGCUAUUGUACAGUGUCCUGCUACUGGAAAAGACACUUGGAAUUUACUUUUUGACCUGGUCUGCCAUGAAUUUUGCCAAUCUGAUGAUCCACCCAUCAUACUUCAAGAACAGAAAACUGUGCUAGCCUCUGUUUAUUCAGUGUUGUCUGCCAUCUUUGCUUCACAGGCUGAACAGGAGUAUCUAAAGAUAGAAGAAGAUCUUCCUCUAAUUGACAGCUUGAUUCGUGUCUUACAAAACAUGGAACAUUGUCAGAAGAAGCCAGAGAACUCAGUAGACUCUAACACAGAAGAAACGAAAAAAUCUGAUUUAACCCAAGAUGAUUUCCACUUGAAAAUCUUAAAGGAUAUUUCAUGUGAAUUUCUUUCUAAUAUUUUUCAGGUUUUAACAAAGGAGACUGUGGCUCAGGGAGUAAAGGAGGGCCAGUUAAGCAAACAGAAGUGCUCCUGUGCAUUUAAAAACCUUCUUCCUUUUUAUAGUCCUGUGAUAGAAGACUUUCUCAAAAUUCUACAUGAAGUUGAUAAAACUCUUGCUGAUGACCUGGAGGAAAGCUUCCCAAGUUUGAAAGUUCAGACUUAAUAACUGAAUUAAGUUUCCUUUGCCCAAUAAAUGAACUUUAUUUUCUUCACUGA